GUAUUAAAGAGUGUUGGUGUGUGAGGCGAGCGUUCUACAGUUGAUAGCUCGACAGGGAGGAUGUACCGCUCCCGUGUGUCUCCGUAUGGCCAGGGCAGUAUGGAGAGACAUCAUCACCAUGUGGUCCUACACGGUGUGUGUAUCGCUCUGGCCAUGUUUAGCCAGGUGGCUUCCGAGACCUUCCAUGUUCUAGCAUCAGGGACCAACUCUGGCGGUCUGUUUAUGACCACAUUGGAUAAUGUCUCUGAGUCCUUUCCUCUGGAGGUGACCAUGGACUGCUGGGCAGACAACACCUGGAUCAUGCUUCGGCUAUGGAGCAGUGCUUGGCUCAUACACUCUCUUUUUACUGUGUUCCAGAGGAAUGUGUUUGGUCCAGUCUCCUGCAACCCUGAGAUUCACCCUCCGUCAUUCUAUCUGAUCUGGACUAUGAUCAACGUGGCAAAGAUCACCUGGCUGUUUCUUUGGGACAGGCAUGACCUUCUACCAUCCCUGUUUUUUAAAUGGGUUAUGCCAAUUCACAGCUUCCAAAUGCUGUACGUGUCCUACCGAAACCUGCACAAUCACAGAACCUGGCUGGCCAUCAAUAACCCUAAAGAACCCUGGUGGACCCGCUAUCUGACCCAAAAUGGACUGGCUGUAUUUGGCUGGUGGACUCUUCUGGAGGCCCUGGUCAGUCUGGGAGUUGUGCUGAGGUACCAGGCUGGGCUACCCGAUCCUCUGGUCAGCUCAAUGGUGCUCACUCUACUUCUCCUGGGGAUGCUCAUCUGGUUUGUCUUUGAGAGCUUCAUAUUCUCCAAGUACAUCCGCUACACGUUUACGGUCUACCCUGUGUUGAUUGUGGGCCUGGGAGCCAUGUUCACCAGAAGCUAUCGUGUCCAUGACCUUGCUCCUAACACAGUCUACUGUGGCUUCCUCAUGCUCGCGGCAACUAUCCUGAACUGUAUCCGUUUGAUCGCUGCAUGCUUUUACCCAGAUGACACCUCCAGCUAUUUGACCAAGGAGCCCAACCGUAAACCUGACUUCUGCAAGACUGUAUGCCAACCGAUGGGGAAGGAUAGCACUAUGGCUUCACAAACUGAUUUUGUGAAUCCUGUCUUCUGUAAUAACUUAGACAAUUAACAGAGGGUACGGUGUCCAUAUUAGGACAGAAACGACUCCUGUUGAGGAUUUACCCAAAGUAAAUUGUUUUGCAUGUAAAUAAUUUUGAUACUGAUUAAUGGUAUUUUCUGUAAGAAUGGACAUUGUUCUCUUGGUGAAGGAUAGCUAGAGCUUGAGUUAACUCUAAGCUUAGAGUGUUGACAUGCCUUCACAUUCAUCACGAACAAAUAGAUUUCAAACAGUCGCUUAACAAUUCAGAAUGUUGAAUAAACUUUAUUUGAACUCA